AAACAACUCUUGCUUUCUCCCCAUUAGAACGACACUAUGUCUCUCGAAUCGCUCAAAACAGAACACAUCGGUUUCCUAUUAACAUUCGAAAGCUUCGAUCCCGGUUGCGUUGCUUCUAGCGUCCUUUGGUCGUGCCCUUCAACGUUAAAUAUGUCUCACAACGAGAUAUCUGAGGACGAUCUCGUCGAAGUGAACUUCACAGAACGACGUAGAUAUGGACCUCACCGUCGUCGCCAACUUCCUACGGCUCACGAAGAAUCGGACCUACUGCGCUCGCUUGGGAUUCUGAGCUUACACGAAGAGAAAACGUCCAAGGCGAGGUUUUACGCAAAGAAGGAUAUGAGAAUGUUGGUGAAGUGCGAGAGGUCUCAUCCUUACAAUGGCUAUUCGCCACCUCCCUCACCUUCAAGGAGUAACAUGAGGCACAACGAAGCUCGUAUAUUACCUCCAUCUCCACGGAAGCCUGUCGGUUGCUACCAUUCAGUACCACUGACACCCAAGCGUGGCGUCUGCAAUGCUCGCGAGAACGCAAACACACUCUCACAGAUCGCCAUCAGGUGACAUCCAGGUGACGCCCACAACUGGUCACCGCCCCCCGAGCUCUGCCUACCCAUGAACACACCUCGGCGAUCCACAGAAUACAUUCCCCAAUCGCAGUUCAGACUCAUUAUCGGGCCAUCUACUUCUCUGCUUCCAGCUUUGCAACCCGUUGUAUAUCAGUACCAUAUCGCUGUCUCCCUUUCGUACGUUAUCCGUGUAGAAUUAUACCUGUAAGUACCUUGGCUAUCCCUGUAGAUCUUUUGAUACGAUCUACUCUGGGUUUUCAAUGCACAUGUUUCAUA